ACUCGGCGCUUGCGCUGCCCCUCGCCGACAAAGAGGGACACUCGCACAUCUUUGUUCCCAGCGCCACACACCGACUUCUUUCACCACCACCAACACCUACUUCAGGCAACGAAGCCGCACUGCACGAAUACAUCAACGCCAAGCUAAGGGGGAAAGUGCAGCACCACCAUGCCUAAGAACAAGGGAAAGGGAGGAAAGAACAGGCGUCGAGGAAAGAACGAGAACGACAAUGAGAAGCGCGAGUUGACCUUCAAGGAGGAGGGCCAGGAAUAUGCCCAAGUCCUGAAGAUGUUGGGCAACGGCCGACUCGAGGCCUACUGCUUCGACGGAUCCAAGCGCUUGGCACACAUUCGUGGCAAGCUGCGCAAAAAGGUCUGGAUCAACCAAGGCGACAUCAUCCUCCUCUCUCUGCGUGACUACCAAGACGAAAAGGGAGACGUCAUCCUCAAGUACUCGGCCGACGAGGCCCGUUCGUUGAAGGCGUACGGCGAGCUGCCAGACUCAGCGAAGAUCAACGAGACCGACACCUACGGUGGAGACGAAGAAGGUGGAAUUGGUUUCGAUUUCGGAGAAGAUGAUGACAGCGAGAGCGGCGACGACGUGGACAUUGAUGACAUCUAGACGCUCCAGGAGAGCGCUGGAAUGGGCUCAGCAUGGCAGUCCUGCUGGUUUGCAGUAGCAUGUGCAACACCACAGAAUACAUGAUGUGAUGAUCGUUCGACCAAGUAUAUGCACUUUCCAUUUUGUCCAACACUGCCCAGCUGACGCCGGAGAAUUGGCCGCGGACCCAGGCCUGGGCAACGAAGUGCCUCCAAGCGGUGGUGAUUGUAGUUGGGACAUCUUUUCUCCUGCGAUAUUUCUGUAGUAAGCUGACUGCGACUGCGGCUCUGCCACUUGCGCGCGCCCAUC